AACAAGCUCACUUCCAAACAGAGACAAGCAAAGCAAAUUGCAAAAAGUAAAAAAGAUAAGGUCCAAUAUGCAUAUGAUCAUUUCUUGUGGGGAUUAAUAAAUAAAAUAAUUCACAUCACAAAAAUAGCACCGUUUUCUUGUCUUCAUACAAACUUCCUUAUCACCUGCAUUUUUCUCAUUUCUCAAGUGGGACCCCAUAAUCCUCUUAUUUAUACCAUUGCCUACUCCCUUCAAAAAAACCACAAAAGAAAAGAUUAAAAAAAAAACUAAAUCAGGCACUAGCAAUACUGCAGUAGGUACACUGGUACGUAUUAUGGCUCUCCUUGUUUUUCUCAUCUUGCUUUUCUUGUUCCCUUUGGGGAACAAUGGUGAGGGCCCACCUUCACCUGGAUACUACCCAAGCUCGAGAAUGGGCUCUAUAGGGUUCGAGCAAGGCUUUACCAAUUUAUGGGGUCCUCAGCACCAAAGGCUCGACCAAGGGGAACUAACUAUUUGGCUCGACAAAACCUCAGGCAGCGGAUUUAAGUCGUUGAAUUCUUAUUCUUCUGGUUAUUUUGGUGCAUCGAUCAAGGUUCACUCUGGCUACACUGCCGGAGUCGAUACAUCGCUCUAUUUGUCAAACAAUGAGGCCCAUCCAGGUGAUCAUGAUGAGAUAGACAUAGAGCUUUUGGGCAACAUAAAUGGGCAGCCUUAUGUUCUUCAAACAAAUGUUUACAUUAGGGGCAGUGGGGAUGGCAACGUUAUAGGACGAGAAAUGAAAUUUCACCUUUGGUUUGAUCCAACACAGGAUUUUCACCAUUAUGCAAUCCUCUGGAAUCCCAAUGAAAUCAUAUUUUUUGUAGACGAUGUGCCAAUCAGAUCAUAUCCUAAAAAAUAUGAGGCCCCAUUCCCUACAAGGCCCAUGUGGAUUUAUGGAUCCAUAUGGGAUGCCUCUGAUUGGGCCACAGAGAAUGGAAAAUACAGAGCUGACUACAGUUACCAACCUUUUGUUGGCAAGUUCAAGAAUUUCAAGAUAAGCCAGCUGGCCUCUGGCUCCCCUUCUGGAGCCACAGGGCUGAGCCGCCAGCAGUAUGCGGCCAUGGCGUGGGCCCAGAACAAUUACAUGGUCUAUGAUUAUUGUGGUGAUCCACAACGUGACCACAAGCUCACACCCGAGUGUUAGGGCCCAGUGGUUAUUGGGCCGGGAUAUGUAAAAACAUACACUUUUAUAUUAAUGUUUUGGAGAGUCUUGGGAUGGGCCCACUAAAAAAUAAUGGGUGUGAGAAGACUGGAAGACAAAAGCGUCCAAACCUCCAAAGAUUUGGAAGUAUUAAUGAUUUUGUGUUUGAGUGUGAUUUGGAAGUAUAAUGAUUUUGUGUUUGAGUGUGUGGGUGUGUCUUUAAUAAGUUUGUUGAAAAACAAUAUGAAUGCUAUGAUUAAAAUUGUCAGGCCAAGAGAUGUACCUUUGGGAUGUAUAUUGUUUCUUUAUGUGAUCCACGUUACACAAUGAAUGGAAAGUGAGAAUUUUUUGGUGUAUA